CUUCACUUUGCCAGCUUGGUUUUCGUUUGCCGCAAUAGCUAGCUGCUCCAAACCGAUCGACCUAGUCUCGUUAGUCAGCCAUGUGGAGGCUCACGACCAGUGAGGGUGGCGGGCCAUGGCUGAGGUCGAACAACGGCUUCCUCGGCCGGCAGGUGUGGGAGUACGACCCCGACGCCGGCACAGCGGAGGAGCGUGCCGAGGUUGAGAGGGUGCGAGCAGACUUCCGAAAGCACCGCUUCGAGAGGAAGGAGUCACAGGACCUCCUCCUACGCAUGCAGUAUGCAAAACUCAACACACCUUCAAUGCAUAUUCCAACCCUUAAGCUUGAAAAUACUAUAGAAGUCACUGAGGAAAUUAUAUCUGCUUCUUUGACGCGAGCAUUAAAUCAAUAUUCAACUCUACAAGCACAUGAUGGGCAUUGGCCUGGUGAUUACAGUGGAAUUUUGUUCAUUAUGCCCAUCUUUGUAUUCUCUUUAUAUGUUACAGGAUCACUUAACACUGUACUAUCUUUUGAACACAAGCAUGAGAUAUGUCGCUACAUUUACAAUCAACAGAACGAGAAUGGAGGGUGGGGAAAGCAAGUUCUUGGGCCAAGUACCAUGUUUGGAACAUGCAUGAAUUAUGUAUGCUUAAUGCUUCUUGGUGAGAAGCUAAAUGGUGAUCUCGACGCAUUAGUCAAAGGUCGUUCUUGGAUUAUAUCUCAUGGAAGUGCAACUGCCAUACCACAAUGGGGGAAAAUAUGGCUCUCGAUAAUAGGAGUCUACGAUUGGUUAGGAAAUAAUCCAAUUAUUCCUGAAUUAUGGUUGGUUCCGGAUUUUCUUCCAGUUCACCCAGGUCGAUUUUGGUGUUAUACCCGAUUGGUGUACAUGUCAAUGGCAUACCUUUAUGGAAUAAAAUUUGUUGGUCCCCUUAGUCCAACAAUAUUAGCAUUGCGGGAAGACCUCUAUAGUGUGCCCUACAUGAAUAUUGACUGGGACAAGGCACGUGAUUCUUGUGCUAAGGAGGACCUGCAUUACCCACGCUCACAAGCGCAAAAUCUUAUAUUUGGUUGCCUAAACAAGUUUGUGGAGCCAAUUUUGAAUUGUUGGCCGGCCAACAAGCUAAGAGAGAGAGCUUUGAGUAACCUCAUGAAGCAUAUCCAUUACGAGGAUGAAACAACUAAAUAUGUUGGCAUUUGCCCUAUUACCAAGGCAUUAAAUAUGAUAUGUUGCUGGGUAGAAAACCCAAAUUCGGAUGCGUUCAAACAACAUCUUCCAAGGUUUUAUGAUUAUUUGUGGCUUGCAGAAGAUGGGAUGAAGGCACAGGUAUAUGAUGGUUGUCAUAGCUGGGAAAUAGCAUUCAUAAUUCAAGCCUAUUGCUCCACAAAUCUUAUUGGCGAGUUUGGGCCAACUAUAAAAAAGGCUCAUGAAUUCAUGAAAAACUCACAGGUCCUUAGCAACCAUCCAAAUUAUGAACGUUACUAUCGCCAUAGAUCAAAAGGAUCAUGGACCCUUUCAAGUGUUGACAACGGUUGGUCUGUGUCUGACUGUACUGCAGAAGCUGUUAAGGCAUUGCUACUGUUAUCAAAGAUAUCACCCGACCUUGUUGGAGAUCCAAUAAAACAAGAACGAUUGUAUGAUGCCAUCGAUUGCAUCCUAUCUUUCAUGAAUAAGGAUGGUACCUUUUCUACAUAUGAAUCUAAGCGGACCUUCUCUUGGUUAGAGGUUCUCAACCCUUCUGAGAGUUUUCGGAAUAUUGUUGUCGACUAUCCAUCUGUUGAAUGUACAUCAUCAGUGCUUGAUGCUUUGAUUAUAUUCCAAGAGGUACAUCCACUAUAUCGUAGAAAUGAGAUAGAAAAAUGCAUUCGAGAUGCUGCUAAAUUUAUUGAAAACAAUCAAAAGAAUGAUGGUUCAUGGUAUGGCACAUGGGCAAUCUGUUUCACUUAUGGAACCAUGUUUGCGGUAAGAGGAUUAGUUGCUGCUGGAAGAACCUAUGAUAAUAGUUACCCCAUCAGGAAAGCAUGCACCUUUUUGUUAUCAAAACAACAAAGCACCGGUGGAUGGGGUGAAAGCUAUCUUUCUAGUCAUAAUGAGGAUUAUGUUGAUAGCCAUAAACCUAAUGUUGUGAACACUUCGUUUGCGAUGUUGGCUUUAAUUUAUGCUGGGCAGGUCGAACGAGAUCCAGUACCACUAUUUCAAGCAGCAAGACAAUUAAUCAACAUGCAACUAGAAACAGGCGAAUUCCCCCAACAGGAACACGUUGGAUGCUUUAACUCCUCCUUCUACUUUAACUAUGCCAACUAUCGCAACUUAUACCCGAUUAUGGCUCUUGGGGAGCUCCAUCGUCGAUUGCUAGCAAUCAAACAUUAACAAUAUAUAGAAGAUUACGCGAGGAGGGGGAGGUUUGUUGUAAGAAAUAAAAAUGUUGCCCAAGAGCAAUUGUUGUGCUUUGUGUUUGAUGAUUAGUGUGAACUUUCCAACAAUUCAUCAUGUAACUCUUUGGAAUUAUUAUUAUGUGUACUUUGAGCCACACACUUUAUUUACUACAUAUGAAGGGAGCGAGUUAUCACACCCUUUUUUCUUUGUCAA